AUGGCUGCAUAUACAACUCAUCUGAUCACAAAACUGGACCCCCUAAGGUACAAAUUUGACCAGCCUAUGCCGAUAGGGAAGUUGGCCAAAUGGCAAAUGUUAUUGAGUGAGUUCGACAUUCAAUACGUCGCACAGAAAGCAGUUAAGGGGCAAGGAUUAGCAGAUUUACUGGCAAGAAGCCCAGUAGAUGACAAUCCUGUACCUUUGUGGACUUACUUCCCAGACGAAGAGAUAAUGACAAUUGAGGGUGAAGAAAAUGAAGAUGAAUUAGGCUGGAAAGUAUACUUUAAUGGAGCAGUCAAUUUUAAAGGAUCAGGAAUUGGAGCCGUUUUGGUUUCAGACUCAGGCCAAUAUUAUCCAGUGGCUGCCAAGUUGAGCCUCAGUUGCACCAACAACAUGGCUGAAUACAACGUGUAUCGGUUCCAAAAAGUCAAGUUCAAGCAUAUACCAAGAACCCAGAAUGAGUUUGCUAAUGCAUUGGCAACAAUAGCAUCCAUGAUUCAACAUCCUAACAGUAGAUACAUUGAUCCUGUCAAAGUUGAAAUCAGAGAUCGACCGGCUCACUGUGCUUUUGUGGAGGCCGAGAUUGAUGGAAAACCUUGGUACGUUGACAUUAAAAUAUUCUUGGAUAAAGGAGAAUAUCCCAAAGGAAUCACCAUGAACCAGAAGAAAACUAUCAGGAAGUUGGCAAAUGGUUUCUUUCUCAACAAGAAUCUCCUCAAAGUCGUCCAAGAAUGUCACAAGUAUCAGAUUCAUGGAGACUUGAUAAAAGUUCCUCCAACAGAACUGAAUGCUAUAACGUCGCCUUGUCUAUUCACCACUUGGGGCAUUGAUGUCAUAGGACCAAUUGAGCCAGCUGCGUCAAACAAACACGCUUCAUUUUGA